UACUGCCGUGAAGGCAGAGAGGCGAGUGUGAGACCUCUGAGCAAGGAAUACGGCGGUGUGAGUUUUUCUGUUUGUCAGCUGGCUUUAUUGACGGAAAACCACUGUCCAAUAGCAUUGAGGUUUUUUAAAAUAAAAGCUUCAAACGUGAAGGACCAUGUCGAACGGGGUUGUGUUUCGAUCGCAGCUCGCUUCCAUCAUGGAGGUUUUGGCAAACGCGGCCGUGGAGGAAAUCUGUAAGAUCGUAGACGAUGGAUAUGCCAUUUUACAUUUGGAAAUGUCAGAGUACCAGAAGGAGAACGAAUCUCUGAAAAUGAAACUGCACAUGAUGGAGCUGAAGGUCGCACAGGGAUGUGCGGGCGGAAUAAACAUGCGAGAGAGCUCCCUGACCGCUGGCUUUGAUGGACUGCGGGAUCAUCCCAAAGGAGCGUCAAAGGAGAGGCCCGUCCCAGCCGCAAACAGGGUCUUCGGCCAGCCGGCAGGCGGUACUUUGUCGAAUCCCCGAUCUGUUUUGGGUGAAGAUAUCUCCGUUCAGCCUGUCACCGUGAAGCAGGACGAGUGUGCUGACCUAGAAGAGGACAAGACUGUUCUUAUCAAAGAGGAAAAACCCGAAGAGGACAACGAGGCACUGAGUGAGCUGAAGAUCAGUGAUGGGGGAGCUGGGGGGCCUGAUGCCGGCGGUGAAGAGUGGGCCACCACUGCAAACUCGGGGAUCGCACCCUCAGAACGCACAGAGGACCUCACCGCACAGUGCAGGGGCAGACACAGUGCUUGGGAGAGUGCAGACGUGGAGGAGAGAAGGGCUGAUGUAAAGGAGGAGAGGCUGGAAGAGAUGAAGAUCAGGGAAGAGGGGCCUGGAAAGUGGGAUGCUGUGUGCUCUCACACCUCAGAGACGCUCCCCGGGAGCCUGUUGGACCACUCGCUUCCUCCUGCAGUCAAAAGUGCAGGGAACAGCCAGCCCACUUUUCAAUACCCAAGGUCGACGCAGGACCUCGUGGCAACGGAUUCCUCACCAGCUGAAGUGGAAGCAGAAGCCGAGAUGUCUACUGCCUGGAGCAAAGACACUGGGUCAGGAAGGAUCCAAAUACAACACCGACAUUACAACGAAGGUAGAGAGAGAGAGUCAGCGCAAUCAGACAGUGGUACCAACAUGCUUUUCGUGCAUACCCAAAUGGGACUGAGUGAGACCCCACUGGCGUCCAGCGCCCAUUCUGUGAAUGGAUUUGCUGCCUGUAACCAAAGCUUAACACCACCACAAAGCAGGGUGUGCCAUCAGCACACCGGCACCGAAAAGAGAAAACUGAUCUGUAAAUACUGUGGCAAAGGUUUCAACUUCUCAAGUGAGAUGAAAUUACACCACAGAGUCCACACGGGAGAGAAACCCUUCGCCUGUACACACUGUGGAAGGAGGUUCAGUCAGUCUUGUAGUCUUAAAAAACACCAGAGCGUUCACACUGGAGAAAAACCAUUCAGUUGUAUUCAGUGCGGGAAGAAGUUUUCAGAUACAGGGAAUCUUAGAAGACACAUGAAUGUUCACACAGGAUACAAGCCGUUCCGCUGUGUGCACUGUGGAAAGGAGUACUGUGAUUCACGCGAUCUUAAGAGACAUCAAGCCAUUCACACAGAGAAAGAGAGACAGUCCGGUUCUGUGCAGUGGAGGCUGGCUUACUCGUCCACAUAGCUUAAAAAACAGUAGAUUGUUCAAACGAGAAUAAAAUAAUUUCCUGGGCACUGUGCUGAGAAAGGAUAUGUUAGUCGGUUGAUUUUAACAGUGCACUCUAAACAGAUUAACCUAUCUAUUCAUGAUCAAACUUG